AUGUCACAAUCAACUGAAUGGCCAGCACAAAAGGUGCGUAACACCUUCUUGGACUACUUCAAAAGUAAGGGUCACACUUUUGUUCCAUCCUCUUCUGUUAUUCCAUACGAUGACCCAACGUUGUUGUUCGCCAACGCUGGUAUGAACCAAUACAAGCCUAUCUUUCUGGGUACAGUGGACCCAGCAUCUGAAUUCUACAGCUUGAAAAGAGCAAUGAACUCUCAGAAGUGUAUCAGAGCUGGUGGUAAGCACAACGAUUUGGAAGAUGUUGGUAGAGACUCUUACCAUCACACUUUCUUUGAAAUGUUGGGUAACUGGUCCUUUGGUGAUUACUUUAAGAAGGAGGCUAUUGAGUAUUCCUGGGAAUUGUUGACUAAAGUUUACGGCUUGAAAGAAGAUAGACUUUAUGUUACCUACUUCGGAGGUGAUGAAGCCUCAGGUUUGUUGCCAGACUUGGAGGCAAAGAAGCUUUGGGAAGACGUCGGUGUUGACCCAUCCCAUAUCUUGCCAGGUUCUGUUAAGGAUAACUUCUGGGAGAUGGGUGAACAAGGUCCAUGUGGUCCAUGUUCUGAGGUCCACUACGAUAGAAUUGGUGGUAGAAAUGCCGCUGAAUUGGUCAACGAGGAUGAUCCAAACGUUAUUGAGAUUUGGAACAACGUUUUCAUGCAAUUCAAUAGAGAAGCUGAUGGUACCUUGAGACCAUUGCCAGCCAAGCACAUCGAUACCGGUUUGGGAUUCGAAAGAUUGGUUUCAAUCUUGCAAAACUGCAGCUCAAACUACGACACUGACGUUUUCCAACCUUUGUUCAAGAAGAUUCAGGAGAUGACCGGUGCACGUGAUUACACAGGUAAGUUCGGCGCUGAAGAUGUUGAUGGUAUUGACACUGCUUACAGAGUUUUGGCAGACCACGUUCGUACAUUGACAUUUGCAUUGGCUGAUGGUGGUGUUCCAAACAACGAAGGUAGAGGUUACGUUCUGAGACGUAUCUUGAGAAGAGGUGCACGUUACGCUCGUAAAUACUUUAACUACCCGAUUGGUAACUUCUUUUCUACUUUGGCCCCAACAUUGAUCGACCAAGUUCAAGAUAUCUUCCCAGAACUUACAAAGAACACCUCCAACACUUUUGAGAUCUUAGACGAAGAAGAGGCUUCUUUCGCCAGAACUUUGGAUCGUGGUGAGAAAUUAUUUGAGCAAUACGCCAUUGCUGCUCAAAAGGGUACAAAGAUCCUUAAUGGUAAGGAUGUCUGGAGAUUGUACGAUACCUAUGGUUUCCCAGUGGAUUUGACCCAAUUGAUGGCUUUGGAGGCCGGUUUGAAGAUCGAUGAAGCUGGUUUUGAAAAGGCCAGAAUCGAGUCAUAUGAGGCUUCUAAGGCAGGUGGUAAGUCUAAGGGCUCUGAUUUAAUCAAAUUGGAUGUUCAUGCCUUGGCCAAAUUGAACGAAGAGAAGCUUGACAGAACAGAUGAUCACUACAAGUACGGCACAGAAAACGUUGAGGCCAAGAUCUUGAAGAUUUACGAUGGACAAGAAUUUGUUGACGAAAUCUCCGAUAUUACCAAGCAAUACGGAAUCAUUCUCGACAAAACUCCAUUCUACGCUGAACAAGGUGGUCAAGAGUAUGACACUGGUAAGAUCGUCAUUGACGGUGCCUCUGAGUUCAACGUUGAGAAUACUCAACAAUACAACGGUUAUGUCUUCCACACUGGUAGAUUGGCUGAGGGUUCUCUGAAGGUUGGUGAUGCUGUUAUUGCCGGGUAUGAAGAAUUGCGUCGUUGGCCACUUAGAAAUAACCAUACUGGUACACAUAUUUUGAACUUGGCAUUGAGAGAAGUCCUCGGCACAGAGGUCCAUCAAAAGGGUUCUCUUGUUGCACCAGAAAAGUUGAGAUUUGACUUCUCUCAUAAGCAGGGUUUGACUCUUGAUGAGGUUUCCAAAAUUGAAGCCAUCUGUAAUGAGGAGAUUAAGAAGGCUCAAAUCGUUUACGCUAAAGAUGUUCCAUUGGAACAAGCCAAGGGUAUUACCUCUGUCAGAGCUGUUUUCGGUGAAACUUAUCCAGACCCAGUUAGAGUUGUUUCCAUUGGUGUCCCAAUUGAUGACUUGUUGAGUAGUCCGACGGAUGAGAAAUGGAUGACUGUUUCCAUAGAAUUCUGUGGUGGUACACAUGUUGCCAAAACCAGCGAUAUCAAAGACCUCGUGUUGACCGAGGAAUCUGGUAUUGCCAAGGGUAUCAGACGUAUCGUCGCAGUUACAGGUAACGAGGCUCAUGAUGUUCAGAGAAUUGCCAGCGAGUUUUCGAAGGACCUUGAGAGCGCUGGUAAAUUGGAAUUUGGUCCAUUGAAGGAGAAGAAGCUGAAGGAGUUGGGUGUCAAAUUAGGUCAAUUGAACAUCUCGAUCUUGUCAAAGAGUGAGCUCAAGAACCGUUUCAACGUAUUUGACAAAGAAAUUAAAGAUGAGAACAAGGCUCGUCAAAAGGCUGAGAGCAAGAAGACUUUGGAUACCGUCAAGGACUACUUUGCUGAAAACGAAUCAUCUGCCUUCUUAGUUAAGCACGUUGACAUCAGUGCCAACGCUAAGUCCAUUACCGAAGCCAUCAACUUCAUCAAGUCCAAGAACCCGGAUAAGUCCAUCUACAUCUUUACCGGUAACGCUGAUAAAGUUGCUCAUGGUUGUUACAUCUCCGACAAGGCCAUUGAAAAGGGUGUAAAUGCCUCCGAAUUAGCCAAACAUGCCAGUGAAUUCAUUGGUGGUAAGGCUGGUGGUAAAGGUAACGUUGUGCAAGGUAUGGGUGAUAAGCUGGAUGGAAUUCCAAACGCUGUUGACGAGCUUGAAAAGCUUUUGAAAGAGAAGCUUAGCAUUUAA